GACCUACCAAGGCACAACUAAAGUUAAAGUCUAGUCCUAUUGAUAAGCCCAUCCAGAUUGAUUUAUUCAAGACAGGAUUAUAUCUAAACCUCUAUUUAAAUUGAGCUUUCUUCUUGGCUCCUCCCUUUUUGGUUUGCUUGUAAAAACCCAGCAAUCACAUCUCCUGCAGUAUUGUUCUGAGCCAGGUGGACCGCCGCCUGCAGUUUCCAGACACCACUGCCUGUCCUUCUUUAAGGUUCUGGAAACCUGGUGUUCACAUUGUAGGGAUUGACUUCUUGCUCAGUCAGUGAAGAUUCAAUGGAACUAAUACUUGUGCUGAGUACUAUGUAAGGCACAGUGUAGGGUUUUCUCUGCAUCCUGCGAGUAGCAAGUGACAUCACUAAGCUUCUCCAAACUUGGGAGGAUAAGUUAGAUGCUUUCUCUUGAACUGUGUCGUACGUAUUGGCCCUAGUCUUGGAGGGGACAGGAGCUGCUGAGGUGCGAGACAAGUCUUCCAAGUGGCCUUAUUCCAACCCCAGGAGUUCUCCGGUGAUACAUUGACUCUUGGUUUAUAUCCUGUCCUCAAGCAACAGGAAACAUGCCAACUCAGUCCCUCAUGAUGUACAUAGAUGGGCCAGAAGUUGUCCGGGGGUCUCUUGGUACCCAGAUGGAGGUGGAUGAUGCCGUGUCAUUCAAAGGGGCUGCCAUGGUUCCUUUCCGAGCCUGUCAGGAGAAAAGCAUAAUCCAGAUAGAAGACUACAUGCCCUUGGACUGCAUGUUCUGCAGCCAGACCUUCGCACAGUCAGAGGACCUGAAUAACCACGUCUUUGUGCAGCACCGGCCCACUCUGUGUGAGCCGGCCGUUCUGUGUGUGGAAGCCGAGUACCUCAGCCCUCUUGAUAAAAUUCAGGUGCGAGCAGAACCUGUGAAGGACAAAAGUUGCAUCGAAAAGGAAGAAUUGAGCUGUGAGGUGUGUGGGCAGACAUUUGGCAUGGCUUUUGAUGUUGAGGUGCACAUGAAGAAACACAAGGACUCAUUCACAUAUGGCUGCAGCUUGUGUGGCAGGAGGUUCAAGGAGCCCUGGUUUCUGAAGAACCACAUGCGGACCCAUAGUGGCAAGGCAGGUGCCAAGAGCAAGCUGCAACAGGGCCUGGACAGCCCGGCCACCAUCAAUGAGGUGGUCCAGGCACAUGCAGUUGUGAGCAUCACAUCGCCUUACAAAAUCUGCAUGGUUUGUGGCUUCCUCUUUCCAAAUAAAGAGAAUCUAAUGGAGCACAGCAAGGUGCACACCAAAGAAGCCACUGGUGCUGCCAGCAACACACAGAUUGAUGCCUGGCAGGAGGGAACGCCCUCUCAAUGCCCAUCCCCGAGGGAAGAGCUGCUGCAGUUUUUAAAUUUAAGACCCAGGUGUCACCCUGAGACCACAAGGAAGGCCACCGCAUGCAUCCCUCAGCUGGACCCGUUCACCACUUACCAGGCAUGGCAGUUGGCCACCAAGGGGAAAGUUGCCAUCGCCCAGGAGGAGGUGAAGGAGCCUGGGCAAGAAGGGAGCACUGACAAUGACGACUCAUGUUCUGAUAAAGAAGAGCUGGGAGAAAUCUGGAAUGGGAAUAAAUCAGAAGGGUCUGCAAAGUCCAAAACAAAUAAAAGCAGUUGUGCAGGCUUUUCGCAAGACAAAGAAAAAGCUAGGCAGGCUAGUGGGGAAGUGCCUUCUGCUGACGCCGAUGCCAAGUUGGCCAGUAACAAGGAGAAGCCGACACACUGCUCCGAGUGUGGCAAAGCCUUCAGGACCUACCACCAGCUGGUGCUGCACUCCCGAGUGCACAAGAAGGACCGGAGAACAGAUACUGGCUCACCCACCAUAUCUGUGGAUGGCAGGCAACCUGGAUCGUGUUCCCUGGACCUUGCUCCCACUCUGGACGACCGAGGAGAAGGAGGAUCUGAAGAUGGAUCUGAGGAUGGGCUCCCUGAAGGGCUUCAAUUGGAUAAGAGUGACGGUGGAGGAAAAGUAAAGCAUCUCGCAUCCUCGAGGGAGUGUAGUUAUUGUGGAAAGUUUUUCCGUUCCAACUAUUACCUCAAUAUUCAUCUCAGGACGCACACAGGUGAAAAACCAUACAAAUGUGAAUUCUGUGACUACGCUGCAGCCCAGAAGACCUCUCUGAGGUACCACCUGGAAAGACACCACAAGGACAGACAGGCAGCUGCCGCCACCGCUGAUGUGAAGAGCGAGGGCAAAGGCCAGGAGGCUGAAGAUGCACUAUUAGCUGCCGACAGCACGCAGACCAAAAACCUAAAGCGGUAUUUCAAUGGUGCCAAAGAUGGUAAAGGCAGUCCACCUGCCAAGCAGCUUUGCGAGAUGCCAUCUGUCCUUGAGAAUGCUCUGGGCAGUGCCAUCGUCCCGCCACCAGCACACAGAGAUACUCAGGAUUUCCAUAAAAAUGCAGCCAGCAGUAGCACUGAGAAAGGGAGCAGAAUCCCUGCCCCUGCCUACCUGGACCUUUUGAAGAAGCGGUCAGGGGGUCAACCUCAGGCCAGCAGCCUCACCUGUAAAUCCGGAGCAGUUGGGGCUUCCGAGGACAGCAGCCUUGCCCCACGGGGCCACCCCGGCCACAUAGAGAAGCAGUCAGAGACUGCAGCCGAUCGCAAGCCAAUGAAGCCCAGCCUGGACUGUCAGGAGAAGCCUUUGAACUUAUCCCUGGGGGUCCUCCCUGGUUGCUCUGCACUCUCUCUGAGUAAAAGUCUAAUCCCCAGCAUCACCUGCCCAUUCUGUACCUUUAAGACCUUUUAUCCGGAAGUGCUCAUGAUGCACCAGAGGCUAGAGCACAAGUACAACCCAGACAUCCAGAAAAGCUGCAGGAACAAGUCUCUGCUGAGGAGCCGGCGGACUGGCUGUCCACCUGCCCUGCUGGGCAAAGACGUGCCUCCCCUACCCACUUUCCAUAAAGCCAAGUCCAAGGCCACUCUCCCAGCACAGCCCAAAUCCCUGCAUCCUGAGAAGGGGCGGCAGGGCCCAUCAGGGCCAGGCAAGGCCCCCCUGUCAUCAGGGACGGACUCCAGCACUUUAGCACCAAGUAACCUGAAGUCGCAUAGGCUACUGCCUGGCGUUGGGGGCCCCGGGGCAGCCAGACAGCAGCCAUCAGAGGCAUUUUCCAAGACCAGUGUUCCUCCUGUGCCUGAGAAAUCAAAGAGACCCGAGGCCAAGUUGAAACUGCUGCCGGCUGCCUCUUCUCAUGCCUCCCUCAGUAGCAGCAGCAGCAGCAGCAACUGUUCCACUGACCACCCCCCAAAGGCUGAUGGCCCCUGGGCACCCUCCGGGAGAGACUAUUUCUGCAAACGGGCUGCCGAGCUUGGGGAGUCACUCCCCAAAAGACUCAAGUCCAGUGUGGUUGCCCUUGAUGUGGAGCAGCCCGGGCCCAAUGGCAGAAGGGGCUUUGAGCUCCCCAAGUACCAAGUGGUCAGGAGCCUCCCGUCGCUGUUGCCGCAGCAGGAGCGCCUAUGCCCGGCCCAGCCCGCGCUGCCUCCCAAGCCCCGGUUCCUGAGCUCCGGGGAGGUGGACUCCCCCAGCAUGCUGACGAUGCCCAAGCCCUACAGCAGCUCGGGGCCGCUGCUCGCCCGCCACCCUGCGGCGCCUCCAGCCCCUGGCCCAGGCCUUGAAGGAAAGAGACCUGUGUCCUACCAGCACCUGUCUAGCAGCAUGCUACAAAAGAGGAACUAUGAGACUUUGAUUGGGAAUACCCAUUAUCGACCAAAUGACAAGAAAACAACUUGAAUUCCUAUUUAUUGGGAAAAAGGUCUUGCUGGAUAUAAGUUCCGCAGUCUCCAGGAAAAUGGUUUAGUUUGUCCUUUGAAGAAAAUGGUGAAAGCUACUGAAAUAAGCUGUGAUUGUAUACAUGUGUGCGGUGCACAGAGGAACACUACAGUUUAUAACGUUCUCUUAAUGUACCAAAUAGCAAUAAAACUAGUUGGAACAGUUGGCU